AAUGGCAUCUUUCUCAACAUCACGUAAACGCCGACGUGGGGAGCGAAAGCAUCUUCCUCUCGUGUUCACUUCGGACGGAGCAGCCUGAAAACUCCACUCUGUUCAUGAUUAAUUUAUAGCUUUAUCACACAGCAGGUUGCAGUACAUCUGAUCGUUUUACGAAACGGCUCGGUGUCCAGCCGUUUAAAAAAAGAGAAUACCCCCUUUUAUUGAUGACAGAGACUCACUGUUCAAACAGCAUGAAAUAAUUCCAUUGAAUGAAGGAACUGGAGCCGGGAACGACAGCAUGAAGUUACAAAUCUCCGGUCUUUUGCUCGUAAUGGCAGUAGCCUAUGCAACGAUAGAGGCUCCUGAAGAGUUUGUCUCACUAGCUGAGAUGGAGGACACGUUGUUGAGGAAUCUUUUUCGGGGCUAUCAGAAGUGGGUGAGACCAAUCCUUCACGCCAACGACACGAUUACCGUUCGCUUCGGUCUGAAGAUCUCACAGCUGGUGGAUGUGGAUGAAAAGAAUCAACUAAUGACUACAAAUGUCUGGUUGUGGCAGGAGUGGACAGACUAUAAACUGCGGUGGAAUCCAGAAGAUUAUGGUGGAAUCACAUCCAUCAGAGUGCCCUCCGAAACUAUUUGGCUACCAGACAUUGUCCUUUAUGAGAACGCUGAUGGCCGAUUUGAGGGUUCUCUAAUGACCAAAGCCAUUGUAAGGUUUAAUGGUACCAUCAUGUGGACUCCUCCUGCCAGCUAUAAAUCCUCCUGUACCAUGGAUGUCACCUUUUUCCCAUUCGACAGACAGAACUGCCCGAUGAAGUUUGGGUCGUGGACAUAUGAUGGCACGAUGGUGGACCUGACCCUGGUGGACGCAUACGUAGACCGUAAAGACUUCUUUGACAAUGGCGAAUGGGAAAUACUCAACGCUACUGGCCAGAGAGGCAGUCGGCGUGACGGCAUUUACUCCUAUCCUUACGUCACAUAUUCAUUCAUUCUUAAACGUCUUCCUCUCUUUUACACACUCUUUCUCAUCAUCCCAUGUCUCGGUCUGUCGUUUCUCACCGUGCUGGUCUUCUACCUCCCCUCGGAUGAAGGAGAAAAGCUUUCCCUCUCCACCUCCGUCCUUGUGUCUCUCACUGUGUUUCUUCUCGUCAUUGAAGAUAUCAUUCCUUCUUCCUCUAAAGUCAUUCCUCUGAUAGGAGAGUAUCUGCUUUUUAUCAUGAUCUUCGUCACGUUCUCGAUCAUUGUAACUGUCUUUGUCAUUAACGUUCAUCAUCGUUCUUCUGCCACAUACCAUCCCAUGGCACCGUGGGUUAAGAGUCUUUUCCUCCAGAGAUUACCUAGACUGCUCUGCAUGAGGGGACACACUGAUCGUUAUCAGUACCCAGACAUCGAGCUGCGGAGCCCAGAGCCAAAAAGAGAGAUGAAAAGAGGGCAACAGAAGAGUGCCGGAGGAGGACGAGGGGGGUUAAAGGAAGAUGAGAACCAGGCCUGGAUUGCCCUGUUGGAGAAAGCCACUUACUCAGUGCACUACAUUUCCAGACACAUCAAGAAGGAACACUUCAUCAGAGAGGUCGUUCAGGACUGGAAGUUUGUGGCUCAGGUGUUGGACCGGAUCUUCCUCUGGGUCUUUCUCACAGUUUCUGUGCUUGGGACCGUCCUCAUCUUCACCCCAGCUCUGCAGAUGUACCUCAGAACAUCUUAGAGAUUUCAGCCUACGAAUGACAUUCUUAUGACCUCUUUGACAUAUGUGUAGUUCCCACAACAUUACAGUAAUCCCUCUAAAAGUCCUUUUCUGGCCUAGCCACAUCUGUAAUCCUCUCCAAAUUCAGCUUCUGUCCCUUCUUCCUAGAUGCUGUGUUCAAUAGUUAGACUGAAAAUAGCAAAACUCAGCUAAAAUGAAGUUCAGGAAUUUUCUGCCCUUUUAACACAAAACUAAAAGGCAGCUUAUACAGUUGAGGGAGUUUGGAUCUGGGUAAUCUCUCUAAGGGGAUCAUGGUUUUAAAGAUCUUCAAUAAGUUGGC